CUGAGUCUAAUUGCAUUGAGACGCGUUUGAUUAUCAUAGUGUCUCUCUCCUCUAAGCUGUUUGUCUUACAUUGCUCGUUAAACUAACUCGAUUGCUCAUCUAACCUUAAUACACACUUUGGGGAGAUGUAACAAUGCUGAAGAGGACCUUUGGAGAAUGACAGCGAAACAGGCCGCUGAAGAUACCUUGAUUAGGUACCUAUAGCACCGACAGGAGAAUUUCCAACAGAUCCGCUUGGCCCCCAGUGGCAGUGGCUGAGGCAGUAGGUGCCACUGUAUCCUUACAUCGUACCCAUCUUCGCCAAGCAUGCUGGGGACGCGCUAGGCCUGCUGCCCUGCUCCUGGUCUCCUGCUACCUAGCGCUGCUGAUGUUAGCGCCCAGCUGCUCCUCGGCGGGCCGGGCUGACGGACAUUCGGAAUGUGCCCUCGUGGCCACUCACUCCAUCCGGUUCGCGGUCUGGGCAAUACGUAAAAAUCAAGAAACUCUCGUCAAGUUCCAGUCGGGGGUUCCGGUUUCUUACCUAAAACCAAUGGUAAUCUCAUGUAACGGAAACAAACAACACUGGUCAUUGAAUGUUGGACAAAGGACAAAGGGCAAAUGGGAACUACCCCCAUGGCUGGCUGGCUCGGGCCCUGAUAGUUUGAUGCAGUUCUGGCAAACUGGCCAGUUGGCAUUCCAUAAUUAAACAUCCUUGGACUUCCUCGUUUAUUCAGCGGGAACCUCGUCGACGGCGCCAGGGCUUGCUCUCUACUUCUCUGGUUCUCUUUACAACCAUCUGUACUCCAAAAGAAAAAGAAAAAACCAACAAGACUGCCCAGACAGACAGAGACAUACACCCAACCUACGCCGUUGUCAAUCGCUUGUCGUGUGACCUGCGUUGCGCGUGUGGUCUACAUCUCGCAUCCUACGACCCGCGGCCUGCGGCCUGCGACCUGCGACCGAGACACCGUCGAUACGCGGCGGCAUACAUUGGGCGUGCCAACUCGCCUCUUGCGUCGUGACUCGCUCGUCCACACACCCAUCUGACGAUCGAACGGGCGAGGAUACCGGUAUCAGCCACUCGACGUUUGCCUUUUUCUCCGCGUUCCACCAUUUGUCCAGUGCGCUCCAGCCCGGCAAACCCCAUUUUGCACUACAGACUGCAGACUGCAGACUGCACCUGUCUGUCUGUCUCUUCCUUCAUCGUUCGCGCCCGUGCAGGCGCUUGAAUUACUCGGUCGCUGCACCCCGACAGGCCUUGCGAGGUUUGUCCUAGUAGAGCGGCCGCCUUCCUGCUGCGAUUUCGAGACAUUCGCACAAAAUCACGUCACACCUGCCCUCGCGCCUCCUCCGUCGGCUACUCGUCCAACGUCACUGCCUUACUCCGCCCUCUGUGUGGGUUCCGACUCGACCAUCGCUCAAAGUAGCAAAGCAGCUGCAGCUGCAGCCGUGGCCGUAGCUGCACUCGCACCCGUACCCGAACCCGCAGCACCAAACGCCGGGAACCCGAACAAGACCGAUGUUUCUUCUGAUUCAGACGUUUCCUCCACCAACCCAUUUCUAAUCCAACUUCUCCUUGCGGCUCUGCUCGAAAUAUCACAAGCAAAACAUCUCUCACCGACCACCCUCCACUGCGACCGCGUACUGUGACGCCCAGUUGCGCUUGUGGAUACUACCUCGCUCUAGUCAAUUACCCGGUUCGGCUUCUUCCAGCACUCUUUUGCUGCUCGCUCCUCUUAUCUGGCCUCCGCUCUUGCGCCUGCGAUUGCGACAACCACACUCGAGAGACGACCACGACGACAGCCUUCUUGACAACAACGACCGACCGACGAACGACGAUCGAUCGAUCGCUACGAACCCCGAGCACAAUACUAUGCCGAACUACUCCAGCAUUACUGAUGGGAACGCAAAUUCGAUUGCGUCUGGAAGCUCCGACGAAAUGUCACGACAACGUCGAAGAAACGGAAAGGAAGGGGGAGGGCAGGCCUCGAUGACCAGCAGUGUCAUCAACCUGCUCAAUACCAUUGUCGGCGCUGGAACUUUGGCGAUGCCCUCGGUGGUAUCGCACAUGGGCUGCAUGCUCGGCGUGCUGAUGAUUAUCUGGUCUGGCAUGACGGCCGCCUUCGGCCUCUAUCUGCAGUCACGCUGCGCCCGUUACCUCGAUCGCGGGACCUCGUCCUUCUUCGCCAUCUCCAAAAUCACCUACCCGAACGCCGCUAUCAUUUUCGACACUGCCAUUGCGAUUAAGUGCUUCGGUGUCGGCGUAUCCUACAUGAUUAUCAUUGGCGAUCUCAUGCCCAAGGUCUUUGUCGGCCUUUUCAGCGGUGCCGUGGCUACUUACCCUUAUUUGGGCGAUCGCAACUUCUGGAUCACCGCCUUCAUGCUGGUCAUCAUUCCCCUGAGCUUCCUUAAGAAGCUGGACUCGCUCAAGUACACCAGCAUUGUCGCUCUGGUCUCUAUUGGAUACCUCGUUAUUCUCGUCAUUUACCACUUCGCUACCGACCGGCUCAAAGACAUGAGCGAAAUCAGGGUCGUUGAACCUGAAAGCGCUGUAGCCUUUCUCAGCACGUUGCCCGUGGUCGUUUUCGCGUACACGUGCCACCAGAACAUGUUUGCCAUCCUGAACGAAAUCAAAGACAACAGUCCCAGCAGUGUUAUUGGAGUUGUGGGCUCUAGCAUUGGUGGCGCCGCUUCGAUUUACAUCGUCGUUGCCAUCACUGGCUACCUCACAUUCGGCAACAAGGUUGUGGGCAACAUUGUCAUGAUGUACUCCGCGACCGCCGCAUCCUACAUCGGCCAGUUGGCCAUUGUCGUGCUUGUCACUUUCUCCGUCCCGUUGCAAGUCCAUCCCUGCCGAGCAUCCGUCGAUGCGAUUCUCAAGUGGCGCCCGAACCGUAGCUCAAGCGGCAACGGCAGGCCCAGCUCCCCUGGCGGUCGCCCACUUCUACCCUCGUCGGCGUCUGUCCACUCCGAUCACGGAUCCAGCUCUUCUAUGGGCGAAACUCGAUUCGCGGUCCUGACCUCUAUCAUCCUUAUCCUUUCUUAUGUCACUGCUCUUUCGGUCCACAGCCUCGAGAGAGUUCUUGCCUACGUCGGCAGCACCGGCUCAACCAGCAUCAGCUUCAUUCUUCCAGGCCUUUUCUACUAUAAGAUCAGCGACCCCGACAGCAUGCACCAGCAACGGCUCCACAAGGAGGAUGACGACGCCGACUAUCCCUCGGAUGAAGAGGACGCGGACCCGAUGGUCACCAGCAUUGCCAGUCUUGGCAGUGUCGCCAGUGUCGUCGCCAACCCACGUCAAUGGAACCGCAAGUGGCGAUGGGACCUGGAGCACAUUGAACAAGACGCCCUGCGCAAGAUGGCUCUGGCGCUCGCCAUAUACGGUGUGUGUGUCAUGGUCGUUUGCCUUUUUAUGAAUAUCGUGUUCCACGCAUCGCACUGAGCGCGGUUCUUUUCCAAGUCUCCAAGGAGACACAGUUUUAGAGAAAGAGUUGUUUUCAAACGCGAUGAUGCAGAGAUAUCUACUACACGGCCGCUUGGGAUAGACAGUUCGCGGCGCCAAAAAAGACACCGCGGAAAGCGUAACGCAUAUUUGGGAGUUGGAGGCGGUUUGCUUGCUUUUCCUUGUUUUAGGAGGGUUUUGUCUUCUCUUUUGUAUAGCCCCCUUUGCCAGCGUGGUGGUAACAUGCUUAGGGCGUUGGCCACGUUUGUGUUGUCCUAAAUUUCUUUCUGAUUAACUCUCUUCUUGGUCUAGAGACAAGCCUCCCAAGAUGAGGCGGGAACCCCGAAUAGUCAC